GUGGGCGGCAUCGAGCCGGUACAAAGAUGGCGGCGCGGCGAUGAGCGAGGGACGGGAAUCACCCGAGGUCCAGGCUAUGGGCCGCCCACUAGGCCUCGCCUCCGCUCCGUAGUCUCCCUCCUCCCCCUGGGGCUGUGGCUGUGGCCAUGGACGAGAGGCUGGCGGCUGCCUGAGCCCUGCGGCGAGUGUCGAGGCCCCGCCAUGCCUGCCCCGGGCUCUCCCGGCGCCGCGCCUCCUCCCCCGGGGCCUCCACCGCCUCCUUCCCCGGCGGCAACGCUGCUCAACGGCGGGGCCGCAGUCGCGGUCGUUCCCGCCCCCGCCCCCGCCCCCGCCGUCGCCCGGGCCUCGGUGCCCGUCCUACAGAGUCUACAGGUGCCGGCGGGUAUGGUCCUUGUGCGGAGUGACAGUGGGCAGCUGGUGCUGGUACCACAGAGGGCCUUUGCUCAGGCUCAGGCCCAGGCCAAGGCUCGAGCGCAAGCACAGAGAGCUGGCAGCACCUCUGCCGCUGCACCCGGUACUACGCACACUGUCCGAAUCUCCAACGUGCAGACAAUUCGAACGCAGACUGUUGCCAAUCAAAUGAAGCCACUGGCUGCCCAGCAGACAAACCAAUUGCAAGCUCCGAUCCAGACAAACUCUCUACCACAGCGCAUCACUCUAGUGCAGUCGCAGCCUGUGACUGGAGCCAUUGCAACAAAAUCCCCGUCAAUAGUAGCGGCAAAACAAUCAACGCCUGUAAAUCAUUUGGCUGCCGUGCGAGUUGUACAAACCAGUGCUGCACCGGAAACGUUGGAAAAUGUGAAGAAAUGCAAGAACUUUCUUGCAACGUUAAUUAAACUUGCUUCCAGUGGGUCCCAGUCAAUGGAGAUGUCCAACAAUGUGAAACUUUUGGUGCAGCAACUACUGGAUGGGAAGUUGGAAGCGGAGGAAUUCACAAGCCAGCUGUACCAAGAGCUCAAGUCUUCCCCACAGCCUUACCUUGUGCCUUUUCUCAAGCGAAGUUUACCUGCCUUACGGAAGCAGACGCCAAACCCGCAGGCCUUCAUUCAGCAGUGCCUACAAAAACCUGCCACUCCAGCUACUGCACUUGCGGCUGCCUCUGGAGUAGCCAAGCCGCCUAACCCAGGGCAGGUCACACAGGCGGUCACAGUGACUAGUGCUGCACAGCAGGCAACGCCUCUGCAGGCCAAGGCACAGAUGGUAGUUCAGCAGGCUGGAGUACCUGGCAAAACCCAAGUAAACCUCCUGCAACAGACACAAAGACCUCCGAACCACAUCACCAUGCCUGCAGCGCAAAUCCAUGUCAAAAUGGUCCAAGCAGGUGCUGUGACUUCAGUGGUGAAAGUACCAGCCGUACAAGCAAGUGGGAGCUCAAGCGUUCUCGUGCGUGCCUCGACUGAGGAAAAAUUGAAAAAGGAAGGAGGAGGAGGAGGUGCAUCUUUCAGGGAUGAGGACGACAUCAAUGAUGUAACCUCAAUGGCUGGGGUCAACAUCAGUGAAGAGAAUGCACGCAUCCUUGCAACAAAUUCGAAGUUGGUGGGUGCUGUAAUCCGGUCAUGUAAAGAAGAAACAUUCCUGUCCUCUGUGCCCCUACAGACAAAAACUUUAGAAAUAGGUAAGAAACAUGGUGUGACGGAGGUGGACUCUGAAGUGUUGAGCACCAUAUCUCAUGCAACGCAAGAGCACUUGCGAGAACUCGUGGAAAAGAUCACUGUGAUUGCACAGCACCGUAUGAUGAUGUACAAGGGCGAUGACCAGUACAGCUUAUCAAGUGACGCGCGGUCACAGCUGAGGUUUUUUGAGCAGUUGGAUCAACUUGAAAAGCAGCGGAAGGAUGAGGACGAGAGGGAAACGAUGCUGCGACUGGCUAAAAGUCGAUCCAAGCAUGAAGAUCCAGAACAACUUCGACUGAAGCAACGAGCCAAAGAGAUGAAACAACUGGAACUUGCACAACUGGCGCAGCGGGAUGCAAAUCUAGCGGCUCUGGCGGCCAUCGGACCGAGGAAGAGAAAAACUCCUGAUUCACCGAGUCUGGGAGCAGGAAACGAGGGAUUAAGCGGAGGCGGGAGCGCACUUGGUGUCACACGGCCUCGACCCUUCCUGCGGCCCAGAGUAACACGCGUCAGUCUCAGGGAUCUGCUGCUGUGCCUAGAGCAAGAACGAGCGGCCAGGCGCUCCCUUCUCCUGUACCGAGCCUAUCUCAAAUGAAGCCAGUGCCUGGGACUGCAUCUGCACACAGGGCCCGGAGCAAGCAGGCCGCAUGGACAUUAGCAGCAAAACGGUGCGUCGCUUCCAGGCUCCAGACCCUAUUGUCUUUGUUUACUAUUCUGACUUUUUUUAACAAAAGAAAAAUCUGACGGGUACAUUUUGGUUUCAGCAAGAACUGGAUUCAUUUGAACUUCGAGUAUCACUUGUGAAAAUGAAUUCCCUCCAGUUCAAAGAUGCCUAACUCCAGGAUCUUGAUGUUUUGUACAUGAAAGAAAAUCUCUGAUCCGUAUCUAAAUUAGCGCUCUCAAUCAUUUAAAAAUUUGAAUGGCAGGCAAUUUAUUUUUCAUUAAAUACAUCUGCUGUGAUAUAAGUUCCUGACACAACAGGAUAAAUUAGAGAUUUACGUGGUUAAAAUAAUCUGAUUCUUUGUGCUGAUGUCACUACCCAAUUUGGCAAAUUCGGUAUUUGUGGUAAAAACGAUCUGUUUCGUUUUGCUCUCUGUUUGGUUAAUCUCUCAUGAUUUAUUUAACCAUUCGAGUGGCCUGUGUCAUCUCUUCCGCCUCAUUCAACAGCAGAAAAGUCUCUCUUUACGUGCAGCUUGUUUUUGUCUGUUCCUUUCUCAGGGACUCUCUCUCACACAACCUUGUCUUCCAAACUGUGAUGUUUAAACUUUCAGAAGGAUGUGAAUUUUUUUUUUUAAGUGUGUACUUUAUUCGACCAGAAUGAGCCAAGUAUUGGCCGUGCUCUUUGCCUGCUGAACAUCAUUGGAGUAAACAUCACGUCUCAGCCAGGGGUACUGAAUUUCCCCACCCUCCCCUUCUCAAAAUUAAUUCAUCCUGACCUUGAAUUGGAUUAGCAAUAACGACGCAAUGGUUUACACCAAUCCCAGCUACUUCUGCAGUUGGUAUAGAAUUGGGUAUGGAAUUAAAACCCUACCUAAUGCCAUGGCAACUCCUUGCCUGAGGAUCUGUACAAUUCCCAUCCACUGCCCAUCCAUUGCGGUAGAUAUGAUCUCGGUCGUGCAUUUGAAGAUUCUUUCAUGCUAGCCUUGCAGAUUUGCAUUGCAUGGGGUAACUCAAAUCGAGCAGGAAGUAAUAUUGAGAGGCGUUUGUCUGCGCAGCUGGCAAAGAGACCUGCCAAAGUGUGUGUGUGUGUGCGUGUGUGUGCGCGCACGCUUGCGUGUGUGUGUGUGUGUGAACAGUGCAUUUAUUUAUUGCCUGCAGAGCCACCCAACCCAAACUGAAUGAUGCACAUUGUGUACCCACCCUGAACCAGGCACAUCAUGACAGGUCCCACUCGAGUCAUGAAGAUAAAUAGCACAUCAUCGUCUUUCCCCCUCCCUCCCCUCAUAUGGAUUUAUUAAUUUCAGGCAUUGAACAAUCUCAGUUCUGUUUUUUGUCAUACAAGGUCCUCCCUCUGGAUGCAGCUCUUUAAGGGGAACAGAAAUCGCAUUAGCUACACCAGCUUGGCAUAUGCGACCUUGUGCAGCACGGUGGCGCAGCGGUAGAGUUGCAGCCUUACAGAGCCAGAGACCUGGGUUUGAUCCUGACGGUUGCUGCCUGUAUGGAUUUAGUACAUUCUCCCCGUGAUCUGCGUGGGUUUUCUCCAGGUGUUCUGGUUUCCUCACGUACUCCAAGACGUAUCUGUUUGUAGGCUAAUUGGCUUCGGUAAAAAUGUCAAUUGUAGGAUAGUGCGGGGAUUGCUGGCUGGCGCCGAAUCUGGGCUGAAGUGUCUGUUUCCGUGCUGUAUCUCAAAACUGAAGUAAAUUAAGCACGUAGGAGUUGGUUGGGUCAGAAUAAACGACUGCCCCUUCUUUCCACUGGAUUUGAGCAGAGCAUUCUAGGUUUGUUUUGCCCGAGGGGUGGGGAGAUUGGGGGACGAGGACUGCGUUUGCAUUUGCUGCAUUAUUUGUGGUCAGCAUUAUCUGUAGAAUACAGUUGGGGUCCAUCUUGGAUUUGAGCAAGUCUGAAACAUUGCAUUACUGACCUAGUUCUCUUGAGGUGCCAUCAGGUAGGGCUUGUCCAGGUACCGUUGAAUGUACCCCUGACUGUUUUCGCUUGCACCUUUUUUAAACUCGAGCAGUGUGUAUAUUGUGGUGAUUAUUUACUGCUGGUGGGACCUGGUCUCAAAUACCAGUCUGUUCUCGGAGAAAAAAAUGUUUCUAGACAUCUCAAGGCAGUGAGUAAUGCCAACUUGGUUUAGAGCCAUCUGCCGGAUGCAAGGCCAGGAAAGGCUUCCAACACGGAUGUGCGUGAGAUCCCACCAAACGCCAAGUACGGAGUUCCCUCUGCCUGCAAACAAGGAAAUGCAUUUGGACAAAGGGGUCCCAUGGUGGGAUGGUUGUCAGCCAUUACAGUGUAACUCGCUGACGACCUAAGGCUUUGCAUUUCCACGCAGGUGGCUGAAGUCUUCUGUUGGUGUCCCCUAGUUGGAAAGGCAAAGGAAUGUCGUUCAGUCUGUAAGCUGUCAUCUUACUUGCUUUGGUCUCUCUGGGAUUGCUGCCCUCCUGAUGUUGUGUAUUUGUCCCUGUGCCCAGUCAGUGGAGGUCCUGCCCGUGACAAACCUACUCGUUUACAAAUUAGGUGGCGGGAAGACUCCAACACCUGAGAGUGGUGUCUACCUAGGUCCGUGCCCCAUGUAGGAUGGGUGAGCAAAUGAGAGACUGCUGCAUCUGAGAGAGUGGAAGUGAGGAAUACCCCUGCUUACAAUCAAUGCAGGAUUUGCCCUCUCCUGAGACUCAACCUGUUGUUCUGAGCAAUAGUUUUCAGCUUCUGCUUGGGAGGACUGCAAUUCCACUUGUGAUUAAUAAGUUAUAAGGGCAGAAUUGGGCCAUUUGGCCCUUCAAGUCCACUCCGCCAUUCAAUCAAGGAUGAUGCAAUCAAUAAUGCAGAGGAUAUUGAUUAGGGGUGGGGUAAUUUAGAUACUGCACUGCCGUGGGACACCAGGGCAGUAAGGAAGCCCUUGUUGGUGUCAUGGUUGAUGUAUCUCUUUGUGACCUUUCCCUGUGCCCGCACCCUUCUCCCGCAGCCUUGCUCCACCCAAAAAGGUUCCGCAGAAACAUUUGCAGAACACCCCUCGUUAAUUUGAAGCUUUACCAGGGUUCCCUGUGCUCCGUCUCCCUGUCCCUUUCCCUUUCCCCAGUUACCUUCUAGCGAACUUGACGCAAGGUGAAGCUGCCGCCAUUGCAUUGAUAAAGUGAUGUACAAAACAAUUUCUGCCCACUUUGGCAGUGUUCUGUCAUGGGUUGGAAGCCAUUUUAUAUUUUAAAAAGCUCCUGGGGGGAGGUAUUCGACUAUAAUCGUAUAAUUUUGUUGCCAUUUUGAGUAAUAUAUAGAGCAAAUUGAUAUUAUUUUUCCAAUGAUGGGCAUGGGUAUCCUUCAAACACUGGGGUGAGAAAGGGAAUGUAACAAUGAGUGUCUGACAAUAUAUAAUUGUCUGUAUUUAUACAGCCAUAACUCCUUGAACCUGUACAUCUUGGUUUUGGACCCAGGUGUAAAUAGUAAAAUGCAAGACAUUAGAAAUGUAUAAAUAUAUAUAUAUAUAUAUAUAAAGAUAAUCUUGGGCCCAUGUGCAUCUAGUGAUAUCAGGUCCUUUCAUUUGUAUAUAUGCUGAUGCACAUGCUGUGAAAAGCUUAUUUUUAUUAAGUAAUAUGUAUAUAAGAUGCAUUUUUUUGGUAACUAAUGGAGCUUUGUACGCAUUUUUGUAAGACAUAUUUUUGUUAAUUUCUGAGCCAGAAUUGAAGUAUCCUCAAAUGAAAAUUUGGAUGAAUGUUGUGUAUAUCUAUAUAUAUAUAUAUAUUUGGUUUUGCAUAUCAAAGUUUAAAAAAUCAUAAAAAUAAAGACACGGA